UUAUCAGCGCGUCGGAAGCCUUCUAUUGGCGAGCGAAUACCCAAUCAGCUGAGAGUAAACUGGCGUGCAGUGUCGCCCUCAAGUAGUCAUUUCUUUCUUUUAUCUUUCACCGCGAGUCGGCGAUACGCAACAUGGCUCCUGUACCAGCGAAAAGGGCAAAAGGUACGAUGGGCAAAAAACAGCACCUCCGAGGUAAGGGCCAGAAAAAAAAGGUUGCCCUUAAAUUUACCAUCGACUGUACCCAUCCAGUUGAAGACAACAUUAUGGAUGUUGCCAAUUUCGAAAAAUACCUUCAAGAGAGAAUUAAGGUCAAUGGCAAAACUGGCAACUUUGGAAACAAUGUUACCUUGGAACGCAACAAGAUGAAAUUGUCUGUCAACAGUGAUGUCGACUUUUCCAAAAGGUACCUCAAGUAUUUGACGAAAAAAUACUUGAAGAAGAACAAGUUGCGUGAUUGGCUCAGAGUGGUCUCUAAGGACAGAGAUACCUAUGAACUCAGGUACUUCCAAAUAACAAGUCAGGAAGAUGACGAUGAAGAAGAUGCAGAAUAAGUGAUUUUCACUUUCACUACGUUUAUUAGCUCGAUGCUAACUGAAGCUAUUUUCUGUGAAAUACGUGAAUUAAUAAAUGACAUCUCUUAUACUGUUA